AUGUCCGGUGGGAGCAAGGUACUCGACCGGGCCUUCCAGUCUAUUUAUUUAGCACUGGAUGACACAAGAAAAGCGAUCGCAAAAGAAUCUCCACGAUACGCCAGACCCUCUAUCUUCGAUGAGUCUACCGUCAGAGAGCAAAGCAGCGAUGAAGAAGACCUCGAAAACGUCAUGAUUCAUCCUAAAUCUGCAUUCGGCCAGAACCCCCUCUCAACGAUAGGAUCGUCAGAAAUCGGAUCUACAACACAUAAUGGGUCAUGGUCCAAAGACGCUACCGCGGGUAGUGAUAAACUCAACCCGGAUCUCAUAUCAGCCUUGAAGGACUUUUCCGUGGAACAGCGCGACCCUGUCUUACCUUGCAAGUUCAUUCCAUUGCCUAGAGAUCCCAUCUUUUCUGGCCGGGAGGAUACACUCGCAAGUAUUCGGCAAGCCCUUCUUUCCUCGGUACAGGAGCCAGAGGACUCGUCCACCAGCUCUCUCGGCGAGAUAAUUCCAUCAUUGAAUGUUUACUCUCUCUGUGGACCAGCGGGAAUGGGGAAAACUUCCAUUGCCAAUGAGUUCGUCCACAGAUAUGAGCGGGAGUUUGACGCCGUCUUCUGGGUCGCGGCUGAUGAAGAAACAAAGCUCUUCAAUAGUUUCAGAGACAUUGCUCUCAAGCUUGGCAUCGUCAAACCUUCCGAGGCACAAAACUUGCCAGCGAUUCGAGAAACACUCCUAUCAUGGCUCGCCAAUCCUCUCAGAUCAUAUGAGCAUAUGAAUCACGUCAAACAAGAAAUGGCAUCUUGGCUUAUCGUUUUCGAUAACGUGGACCACGUUGAUACGCUCGAAGAAUUUUGGCCGAAGGAUGCUGCCGGCUCGGUUUUGGUUACCUGUCGGGAUCCAUUGAUUAAGAGCUCCCUUUAUCUGAGGAACUCCGGAACGAUUGUUCCAGAGCUCUUAGAAGAAGAGGGUAUAACUCUUCUUCUUCGACUCACUCACCGUGAAAGCGAUGAAGAUGAUCUCAAGCUUGCGCCUGAAGUUGUUCGCGCCCUUGGAAUGUACCCUCUUGCCAUUGCUCAAAUGGCUGGAGUCAUCCUAGCUCGGGAUCUCAGCUUCACUGAAUUUCUCCAAAUGUACUCCAAAGACUCCGAGCGGAGGCAAAUGCUUGGAAUCUCAGAAGGACAGUCAGCGUCUCUUCGCAGAUACAAUCAGACCCUCGGUACUGUCUGGGCCUUGGAUGACUUGAAAGAAGGCAGGGCCUUACUAGAAGUCAUCGCCUUUCUCGAUCCUGAUAGUAUCCCUGAGUCACUUCUUGAAAACAACUCAGCAUGCAUGGACUGGGAUCGUUACCCCAAAACUUCAUUGGAAUACUCCAAGGCUCGCUCGGAACUGCUUUCUAGGUCGCUGAUCUACAGGAAUCGGAACAAGAAGACCUUACGUGUUCACCGGUUGGUACAAGGUACAGUCCGAACUCAGAUGAACGAUGCGACAUUCAACGAGGUAUACUCGAGAGUGUUAGAUAUGCUUGGUGCUAGGUGGCCAAGAGUCUUCAAAGGCUUCGGGAAUGUGCAGACCGACUGGCAACGAAAUUCGGAGCUCUGGGCCCACAUACUAUCAUUAUUCAAGUAUCGAGAUCGUUUUGACCCGGCUGCUGCUGAUCUUCCCAUUGCAAUCAAGCGGAUGGACUUCACUCUGGAUGUGUUAAUGUUUAGCAUUGCAGAUUCCCGAUUCAGUGCUUCCCCGACGAUGCUCGCCUUUUUCAGCUUCUUGAGAGAUACAGUUAAAGAGGAAAACCCCAGCUACGAGUUGCAGAUGAUUGAUGCAACUUUUCACUAUCGCCGAGGAGAGCUCGGGUUGCAUAUCAAUGACCACGAGUAUCCUUUGCCUGAUUUCAGCAAGUGCGUGGAGCAACUGGAUGUUUUACUAGAUGAUGACGCCAAAAAAGCCGACUCGUACUUUGGGGUCACGGUGAAUGAGCUCGGCUGUGCCUAUCUGAUGAAUUGGAAAGAUGAGGAGGCUCUGAUCGAGUUUGAAAGAGCGACCACUAUUCUGCAGGGUUUGAAGAACCCCUCUGCACAGGAGACUACCAUGGCUCAGAUCAAUGUGGGCUUUGUUCGCGGCUAUUUCGGACAGUACGAUGAAGCUUCGCGGAUUUUCGACGCUGCAUUGAAGGAUCGUCAUGUAGAGCUUGGCCCGGAUGACUGCUCUUCUUUCGUGAAUGGCAAACUGUAUUUGGGGUGGGGGAAUGUUCGCGCUGCGCAGGGCCGACUCGACGAAAGCUUUAAAUUACACGUCAAAUGUCUGGAACAUUAUAAGCGCUCUGUUGGAAAUUUCCACCACAGAACAGGCGACGGAUGUGUUAAGGCAUCAGACCAUUUCUCACGCACAGGAGACGGUCCAACAGCACUGGCAUUACUCGACCAAGCCCUCAAGAUCUUCAAGCUCGACGCGUAUCAUAAACCAGAAGCUGCGAGAGCUCAUUACAAAAAGGGAAAUGUUCUGAAGAAGAUGGGCGAGGAGGCCAAAGCUGAGCAGGAGCUGGACGCAGCAUUGGAUACCUUCAACAGCAUUGUUCCCCCCGAAGACCGUGUCGAAAGCAUUGAUGAUUUGGACGACGAAGAUUUUGAUCAUUGGAUCAUGUUCUGGUCUCGAUGA